GAAACGUUUCUUCUCUGAACGCUUUUGAAUGGGAUGUCUGUGUCUCAUCACGAGCCAGCAAUGGCGCUCAGCGGAGUCCCGUUCUAGUACGAAGAACCAAGAUGGAGGUCGAAGACGCUUUAGCAUUCUUCAAAGAAUGUGUAGCACAAGAGCCCGGGAUGAGCGCUGCCGUGGCCGCCAUUCACACACUCAUCGAAUUCAUGAACACUUCGCAAGCUGAAACACUCUCAGAGUUGAGAGAUAACCUACAGAAGGUGAUAGAAUCCCUGACGCGGGCAGAUGUGGCUGUCACCUCCGUGUCAUCAGGAUGUGAGCUGUUUCUGCGCUUCAUCACGCUCUCUGCUCUGGAUAGUCCUGACUUUAAAGAGUGCAAAAGAGUCUUAGUAGAGAGAGGUCAGCUAUUUCUGAAAAGAGCAGCUUCAGCCAGACAAAAGAUUGCCCGGCUUAGUGAUGCUUUUGUAAAAGAUGGUGCUACAAUCUUGACCCAUUCAAGAUCCAGAGUGGUGUUGGAGAUUCUCAAGAUGGCGGCAGAACAGAAGAAGAGGUUUGAUGUGUUUAUUACGGAGUCUGCUCCUGACCAGUCAGGCCAUUUGAUGCAUGCCCAGCUGAAAGAGUGUGGGAUUCCCUCCACGGUAAUUCUAGACUCUGCUGUUGGGUAUGUUAUAGAGAAGGUGGACCUGGUACUGGUCGGUGCAGAGGGUGUAGUAGAAAGCGGUGGUAUUAUUAACAAGAUUGGUACCUAUCAGAUAGCUGUUAUGACAAAGAAUGCAAAUAAGCCAUUUUAUGUAGUAGCCGAAAGCUUCAAGUUUGUCCGUCUUUAUCCUCUUAACCAAGAAGACGUCCCCAACUCAAGCAAGUACAAGCGAGGGACAAGUAAUGGGACUGGUCACCCUGUGGUGGACUACACUCCGCCAUCCUAUAUCACCCUACUAUUCACAGACCUGGGCGUACUGACUCCCUCUGCUGUCAGUGAUGAGCUAAUCAAGCUCUACUUAUGACAGAAAAGGAUGGGUGAUGCCUAGAAAGUGUAUGAUCUACGGUAAAGGUUGCCCAUGGGUACCCUGUGGCGAGGGGUGACACAGGUAUCCCCCAUGUUAUUCUGAUCCCGGCUCUUCGCUUGAUAGAGAUGACAUCGACGACAUGGAUGACCUUGGCCGCAUUCCAUGCUGUGGAUAAGGCGACAUACGGUGCAUGCGCAGAGCUUGGUAUGUCCGCUGACCGUAUGGUGGGCUGGAGGGAGACGUUGGGGACACAGGUGGAAGUCCCAUUGGCGCAACCAUUGGUGAUAUCAUUGAUGGGUACCCUGUGGCGGGGGGUGACACAGGUAUCCCUCGACUCAUUUGGCCAAGACUUGCUGCUCUGCUAUCGUAAGCCCCUGUAAGUUUAAAGAUGCUGUCAAGCGUUUUUGAAGGAAGAAAACCGGAGCGGAAGAUACGUAAUGUAAAUUUGCAUUUAAAGUUACUAAAGCUCGUCAAAAUGUCGGAAAAUGCACGUAAUUUAUUUUAUGUAAGUAUGAAGCAUCCUUAGAAUAUUGGCUGAAAUAAAUAACUUUAAAUGCGAAAUUUCAACGUAAAAUAAAUUAUACUUACAUCUUGCA